GCGUGUUUGCGUUUCGUCGAGAAGAACAGGCUCUCGGCCAAUCACAGCGUCGAACGUCAGUGUUUACAUCAGGAGGAAAACGGAAAUGAAUCCAGGCAACAUGCAGGCUCUGAGGAAAAGCUUCCACAGUCUUGAAAACAGUCAGGACGUAUGGAGCAGCGUGCUGGCGGAGUGCAGCCCUCUCAUGGACUCUUUCGGGAAUCUGGCGGAGCAGUCCAGAGCGCUGUCCAACGUCCAGCUGUCCAACACCCCGCUCAGAGACUUCCCUGACCUGCAGGAGCGGCUGCGCUUCAAGCUCCUACAAGCCACGGACACCGUACUGAGCAAAAUCAAUGAGAAGAUGUCUUCUCUUCAGUCUGUCAGAGACUCCAUCAGUAACCAGGUGUCUGCAGUCCUGCAGGUCUAUGAGCAGAACACAGACAGUCUGGACCUGCUCACUAUGACGGAGCGCUUGGCCAUCACCCCAUCACUCUGUGACAUGCUGCAGUGGCUGCAGGAUGCUGAGUGUCACUAUCGACAACAAUUUCUGAGGAGGAAGACUCUGCUGCAGACUCUGAGGGCAGACGAUCUCUCCAGUUUAGAGUCUGCUCCCAAAAGAUGGAAAUCCUUAGAGUCUCCCAGUGCAGAAGACUGCAUCACAGAUACACUUUGCAAAGUGUCCUUCUUUGUUGAAUCCCAGUGAAGAGAAUGGAAGUGAACUGAAGUCUGAGCAGCCUGUGAAUCGUUUCUUUGACGUGUACCUCAGGUGGACAUUUCCUGUGGAUUUUAGGAAAAAGAACUGUUCUUGGGUGGAAAGUGUGUGCAUGUACCAGACUUUGAUAAUUCAAGAUGAAGAGGAAUUUAAAACAUUGCACAAGAUGCAUUCUUCCACAAAAAAGGCCCAAUUGGAACCAUGUCAUACUUGACUUAUGACAAAAUAAAUGUAUUUCUGAGAA